AUGAUUAAUCCUUUAGAUACUUCUUGUAAUGGUGAUUUGAAAGCUGAAACUAGUUGUAGUGUAUGUACUGAUGUUGGUUUUAAUGUGACUUCUCAGCUUGUAAAUAUUGAUCCAAAAAAUUCAUCCAAGUGUUUUUACUUUUCAAUUUUGUAUGCUAUUGGUAUUGUGAAUCAAUUUGGUCCUACAGAUCCUGCUGCAGCUGCUUGUAUACUUGGUGCUAUUGUUGGUGUUGUUCUUGCUUUUGUGUUGAUUGUUAUGUAUAAAAAAUGGGAUAAGAUGAGGAGGGAAAAUCUUUAUCACAGGUCAGUUGAAAACAGUGUUAGAGACAGUGUUUUGCCUAAUACAUUAUUGUCCAAUACUAAUCCAACAAUGUUAGAGACUUGUAACACAACAGCCUCUUAA